CUAUGACCUUAUUAGAUGGAUUUUUCUGUCCCUGUAAUGUUUUUUCAACCACUAUUUCUUUUUCUCAUUUUCCGAUCUCUUUUCUAUAUUUAGUAGCAGAAUUACACUACCAUUUCUACUCCAUAAUUUGUGCGAAUUCAUACUCAGAAGAAGCAUGGAGAACGGUACUAGUAGUACAACAAGAAAAUGGAACUUUAAGGAGAAUGAGAAAUUGUUGAGUGCAUCGGGUCUCACUGUAAGAAGUGUUCUUGACAAGUUGAGGUCUUGCGUUGACCCGGCUGAUACCCGACCCGUUAUCCCUCUCGGCCAUGGCGAUCCUUCUGCUUUCCCUUGUUUUCGGACUACCCCAAUCGCCGAAGAUGCUAUUUCUCAUGCCGUUCGUUCUGCUAAGUUCAACGGUUAUUCCUCUACCGUAGGCAUCCUUCCUGCUAGAAGGGCUGUAGCAGAAUACCUUUCUCAAGAUCUGCCAUACAAGUUGUCCCCUGAUGAUAUUUACUUGACAAGUGGAUGUGGUCAAGCAAUUGAUGUACUUUUGAAUGCUCUUGCACGUCCAAACGCAAAUAUCCUACUUCCAACUCCUGGAUUCCCUUAUUAUGAAGCGUGGGCUGGAUUCACUCAGAUCGAAAUGCGUCACUUUAACCUUCUCCCAGAGAAGGAGUGGGAGGUGGACCUUAAUGCGGUCGAGUCUUUGGCAGAUGAAAAUACCGUGGCUAUGGUCAUUAUUAAUCCUGGGAAUCCUUGUGGCAAUGUCUACACAGAUCAACACUUGAAGCAGGUGGCAGAGAUGGCAAGAAAGCUUAGAAUUUUAGUUGUUUCUGAUGAAGUUUAUGCUCAUCUCACUUUUGGAAGUAAACCGUUUGUGCCUAUGGGAAUCUUUGGAUCGAUUGCUCCUGUUAUUACACUUGGAUCCAUAUCAAAGAGGUGGAUUGUCCCAGGCUGGCGACUUGGUUGGCUUGUUACAAAUGAUCCAAACGGCAUACUUAAAGAACACGGGGUCAUAGAUUCCAUCACGGGAUAUCUCAAUAUAUCUACUGACCCUGCAACCUUUAUUCAGGGGGCAAUUCCUCAGAUCCUUCAGGAAACAAAAGAUGAUUUCUUCUCUAAAAUAGUAAAUAUGCUAAGAGAAGAUGCAGAUAUCUGUUAUGACAGAAUUAAGGAUAUUCCUUGCAUCACUUGCCCAAGUAAACCUCAAGGAUCUAUGUUUGUGAUGGUCCAACUUCAUUUGAACCUUCUAGAAGACAUCGAGGAUGACCUGGACUUUUGCGCCAAGCUGGCUAGGGAAGAAUCUUUGUUAAUUUUACCAGGUGUUGCUGUGGGACUCAAGAAUUGGCUCAGGAUAACCUUUGCAUGUGACCCAUCCUAUCUGGAAGAUGGCUUCCAGAGACUAAAUGCUUUCUAUCAAAGGCAUGCCAAGAAACAAUAAGCUAUCUGUUCUCAUGUUCUGCAAGAUCAAAAUCAGAUGUUUUCUUCCUACGGGCUACGACCUAUAAUGCUGGUUCGUCAAGAGACAAUCUGCAUUCACGAGAGUUAAAGCUGGAAUAAUUUUCUGCUCAUCUUUCCAUUGAAUUCAAAUAAUUUUAAAAACAAUAUUGGUGAAUAUAUCUGCAUUACGGAGUGGCAAUUGUGAUCUUCAACUACUCGUUGGAGCUCGUGUGGUGUACGUAUGAAUAGCCAAUACAUAAGUUGGCUAGAUUUUCAAUAAUUUCCUCGAGUCAUCAGAGGAAUGUAACAUGUUAUUCUGAAUGGUAUAAUGCACCAUCACUAGUGCAUGAAUGAUGUUAUUAUUUGAAAAAAAAAUAAUUACUCUUAUCUAA